GAUAGCAAAAAUCGAAUAUGGCUGCCGUGGUAUUGAAAAUUUUUGCUGCAAUCGUGGGUUUCGGUUUCAUUUGUGCGCAAAACGUAGCAAAACAACAAGUUUAACGCCGUGGUUUUGAUCGGAACGAAACGGUACGUUCGGUGGUGCAUAAAUUGUUACCCGAGGAUUGCUGACAAGCGGUGAAAAGUUGAAAAUAGUCCGCUACUUUUCGUGGUCAAUUGUGCGAUCCUCACUGAUCCGUCAGUUCAUCGGUCGGAAGACAGCAACACGGAACGAAGGAGAAAAAAAUCGCGUGGCCGCAUCCGGAAUGUGGAAGUGCUCCCGAUGAUUGGCUGAAGGAUUUUCAAUGCACCCUUCGGAAUUAUCCUGAAUCCAAAAUCAAAUGGUUUUGACGAAGACUCCCUUGCCGUAAAAGGGUCUGUGUUUGAAACGAAAAAAAAAGUUGAAUCGCACAUAGAAGGAACAAGUUGAAACGUCAACUAGUCGACAAGAGAGCAGUAGUCUGCAAUCCCCUAGUGUUUUUGUUCGGUUUCUCCGGAGGAAUCGCCGCUGAUUGUGGACAUUGACAACGUGAACUGCUACACACCAUUCAUUGGGGGAGUGUUUGCUAAUUGCGUGCAAAAUAUUCAGUUGCAGUUCCAUCGCACUGCCGAGUGAAGCAAGAAGCGCACAGAAGGAAAGCAGGCCAAAUCUUGGGCUGCCUUGCUGUCGAAAAAUAAGCUAGGAAAUAUGUGCGAUGAACGGAAGAAAAUUCCGCUGAAAAGUGUGUGAGAAAAAGAAGGAAGGAAGCAAGCAAGACGUGAAUAAAAGAUCGCCGCAAACAGCAGUUGUCCACGGGAGGAAGAGAGCGAGCAACAUUAUUUUUUGACAGUUCUCAAAGUGUGAGUGUGUGUGCGUGCGUGCGAGAGGUGAAGCAGCGUGCGAUAACAACAAAAACAAAACCCAAGAAGAGAGUCGGAGCGGAUUGUGUUUCGAUUUUUCUGUGCGGUGCCCGUUCGGAAGUUCUGCGGUGAGUCGGUGUGAUUUUUCCAGGCGAUAAGUGAUUUCUGGUUAAUUUUUCAAUCUGUAAAUAAUUUAUAUAUCUAAAAAAUAAAAAAAAGGCUAGUCGUAUUGUUCGCGAGUGGUUCCGGUGUGCUCCCGUGAUUGUGUCGACGUUGCAAGAAAAAAAACGAAAAGUGUCCAGUGCUUGUUUCCGGAAGCUUGAUCGUGUGUGAUUGUGUGUGUGUGAUUAUUUUUUAACCUCUGGCAUAUCCAGAAAACCACCGUGUACACCAUUGUAAGCGCCCGAGCGCCCGUGUUUCCUUUGUGUCCUCCGUUUCCCAAGAAGCAGUGAAAAUUCCGAGAAGCAAGAAAAAAGUUAUGGCCGAAAAUUCGGUUGGCAACAGUUUACCACCGUCACAGCAUCAUAAGACAGCGGGUGGAGGGUCAAGUGGUCUGCUGCAUCACAACAAAUCACUAGAUAUGACGGCGGGUGGGGGGAGUGGCGCAACGGCGGGUUCCGUUGCAGGGAAAAUCACUGGCAGUGGAAAGCAUGCAAAUGUCAUACAUCGAACAACGAGCGAAAGUUUACGGUUAGGUGGUCCCGGCGGCGGUGGUGGCAGCGGAGGAGGAGGAGGAGGAGGAAGUGAAAAUUCUUCCAGUAGCGCGGUUCCGCCGUCAUCGCUGAUGAAUUCAUCUUCCUCGAUCAAUAGUAUCUCACGGAAGGGUGGCGUUGGUGGAGCUGCUGCAGCCGCUGCCGCUGCGGCUGCAGCUGCAGGUAAAACUUCCUCAUUCAUGAUCACAUCCGUCACGGUUGGCGCUCGUACCAGUGCCGACAAUGGGGACGAUUCAGCCGACGACCUUGACGAGUCCCAUACGGACGAUAACAGCCGGAUAACAGAUUUCGAGAACGAAACCCCAUCGUUCUCGGAGGAUACAUUCAGCAAAGAGGAUGUGUUCUUUGCUUCGAACGCCAUCGGUAGUGUUCCAGUUAUUCCGACUAGCUCUCAGUACGGGUUAGCGAUUGUAGCUCCGACGGAUCGUGCCCAUGGGGCCGAAGCCCUCGCAGACGCGAUGCAUGUUAGUGUCACCGAUGCCGGUAUAAAUAUAAUGGGACACGGAAAAGAUGAUGGAAAAGAACUGCACCAUAGAAAUGAACGUUUUAAAGUGGUAAAGAUUGAAAGUACUGAACCGUUUAAACGUGGUCGUUGGGUGUGUAUGGAUUAUCUUGAUCACACAACACUCCAGGCGUCUCCGAAAGAGGGCGGAACUGGUCCGGGCGAUACCGAAUCUUCGACAGGAUCUACGAUCGUCGAUUCGAAUGCAAUUCGAACCCAGGACAGUGGUGUAGUGCUUAAUGAUAACUACGCUGCCACAACAGCACCAACUACAGCCACGUCCGAUGGCGAAAAUCCUGAAUAUCAUACUCAUCUAGCUGCCAGUGUCCCGACUAACCCAAUCAUAGGUCUGCUUAGUAAUGAAUCUCCCGGUCAAAGUCUUAAUCUGGUUCAACCGAGCAUUGUAAACGCCAGUGGCGGCGCUGGUGGUGGUGGUGGUGGUGGUGGUGGUGGUGGUGUUUCAGUUGCUCAAUCUCAGUCAACUAGUCAUAUCCCACCAGUUGGAGGAGUACCGCAUAGCAUGCCUCAGUCCCAGCUGCAAAACGCGCUCGCUGGCGCUGGAGCCAUCGGUGGUAGUCAACCGCCACAAUCGGCACCAACUGCUGCUCAACCACAAGGACAAACCCAGUACUAUCCUCACACGAUGUCCAACAUGGCUGACAUUACGCAGCAACAACAGCCACCACAGCAGCAGCAGCCGCAACUCCAUCAGCAUGGGGUCACCCUGCCUACCAACAUUCAGAUGCAACCGCAACAACAAACCAACAGUUCCGCUUCCGUGUCUACAAACGUUCUGCCGUCGGUUGGCUCUGUUCCAACCGCGUCACAGGAAAUGAACAUCGUCAUUAGUAAUGCUCAGCAUCAUCAACAGCCAACAAGCUUCCCCUCACCUCAACAAUUCCAACAGCAACAGCAGCAACAACCAUCGCAAACGAACUCCCCAGUCGUGGCCAGUAUCGGUGAGCAAGUCGCCUCGGAUGCGACUAUCCUUUCACCAUCAACAUCCAUGACCGGUAACGGGACCGUUCCGGGAUCGGUUCCGACAAACCAAACCACAAACGCUCCUCCUCAGCCUUCACCGGAUACAGUCGGUUCUGUACCCGCUGGCACGACGGAGCCUCUGAUAGCUUCCUCUCCGUCGGCCACUUCGUCGCCAGUAACAUCCACCGCUACUACCGGUGGCAAUGGGGACAACGGUUCAACCCCAACGUCGGCCACCGCACCGACCGUUCCGGUCAGUUCUCCCUCGAUGUCGACCGCCUCGAUCACGGCAACCACUACCAACAGCAGCACAAGUAGCCAGCAUGCGUCAAUAGCGGCUGCCGCUGCCGCUGCGGCAGCAACCGCUGCCAGUGAUCACUUAACGGAAUCCAACCUACUAUCGGCCGUUGCCGGCGUAACGGCUGCUGCCGUUGCAGCCGCAGGCGCUGACGAUGGCGAAAAGUCCGGCGAGGAUGGCGAAAGCUUCAACCCAGUAUACCCGAUGGUAGCUGAACCGGCCGGACUGGACGUUCCCGAUGUUGGCCGCAGCGGUGAUCCGUUGAAUGUCGUUCCACAGCAAACUGCCAGUCCGAUUCCGCCGUCAUCGUUCACCAGUAGUCUUCAUCAGAACCUUCAGCGAAACCUACCGCCCGUUGAUCGGACUAAAAUUCUCAAUAGUAGUGCUUACAGUUCUAGUUCCAACAAUAACAUUUACACUGACAUCGCCCUCGGAAGAUCCAUCCAAAAUCUGAUGCGACCUUCGUCGGUUGUUGAAAGCACCCAUUCCUCCUCCUCCAUGAAUCCGUUUUCACCGUCGGACCAACAGGGGGAUGCUUUCUGCCGAACCGCUUACAACUUCAUGAACGACGGAACCGACAGCAACACGAUCGCCACGUGCACCGUACGAAAACCGCACAAAUGUGUUCAAGACUUGAUCAAGGAGGAGCUCGGGGGCGGAUCGUUGCGCGGUUCCGGAUUCGGUAGUCUCGGUAGCCUCGGUAGCAAUACCGGCAGUAUGGUCAACAUCCACAUCGAGUCGGAGCUGCAACAUCACGGUACCGGUGGCGAGUACAAAUCGCACCCGGGCUCGGGACGUUCCAGUCCGGCCCUGCAGAUGUUCCCGCACGAUUCACCGCCGAAGCUGCUGAGCGCGAUUGGCCACUCCAUUAGUAUACCGAACAGCACCCGGGUCAGCCGUGCUCCGUCUCCGUCGUUCCUGGCACAGGCCGCUGGAGAGCACUCAAGUGCAUCUGGGACGAGUGCAGUUGCAAUUGACAACAAGAUCGAGCAAGCUAUGGAUCUGGUCAAAUCGCACCUGAUGUUUGCGGUUCGCGAAGAGGUCGAGGUGCUGAAGGAAAAAAUUUCCGAACUGAUGGACCGCAUCAACCAGCUCGAGUACGAAAACAACAUCCUGAAGGCGAACGCAUCGCAGGAAACGCUCUCCCAGCUCACCACCACCGGCAGCGGGGGCGGCAACGGUUCAUCGACAGCGGCGGCGGUCGUGGCAGCAGCGGUGGCAGCGUCGGCAGCUUCAGCGCCCACACCAGCAUCCAAAGUUCCUCCGCCGGCCAAUCCCAACUCUAAUGGUUCUGUUUCCUAGAUAUUCCGCACAUCGUUGCACUACUCGCUACUAGCUGCUUACUAUGAUAGUACUAGGACAGAUAUCGAUAACUAUUACUCGCUGCUGCGGCGGAGCGACAAACGGUUACGGUGGCCCUGCGAUGCGGUGGUUGACAGCGGUGACGGGACCGGUCGGUUCAGGCAACCGAUGGCAACGACGGCAACUACCGGAUCCGGACAGUCGCUCCAGACGCUCGAAAGCACUCUGCAGACGAAGAUGCGCCACACUGGCGAUCAGAGAUAUACUAGCAACACAACAGAUUAAGCGAAAUUAAACAGUAUCAAGUCAAGAAGUUAGUUGCUAGGAUUUACUAGGUUGAGGUAAGAAGCUUCAUUCAUUCUCAAACAAAUUCCUAAUAAGCUAGAAAUUUUAGAGAGAAACAGAUGAGUCAUUUGAUACGGUGUUAAGGGACGCGAACAAAAGAUAAACAGAACUAUCCACAAUUUACACACGUUACUGUUUCGAUGCUACUAGCCUUUUUCGAAUUAAGAAAAAAUAACAAUGAUCAACCUUCGAUUAAAUAGUUUCAAAUACAGACACACAUACUGAGAGAGGUUCGGAACCAAAAGAAGUGUUUUCCGUUUAAAUUUUUCUAGCCGGAAAAUCUAACUAUCCCCGUAUCCUUAUCUAUCAGUGAGUGAUUAAGAAUAGGUUUCAGAAUAGCAGUUCUAGUCAACUGAGAUGAUCUAACUAAAUGACUAGAACUGCUGUUCUGCAAAUGUAAUGAUUAUUAUUCGUAACAUCUAGUAAAAAUAAAAAUAAAAACACAAGUGGAUCAACUUCCGACCCACGGGAUACAAAAAAAAAGUCGUGAUAGUCCAGAUUAUACCUCCCAGUGCUAGUUCGUUUCGAUCGAAGAGGGCGGUCGUUGAUCCCAACGUCAUAUGAAUCGAAAGCAUUUCUUCUCGGUUGAUGUAGGAUUUAUUCUGUCUCAUUUCGUAGCAUCGUUCUGGACGUCGAUUAGGGAAAAAAUACUGAAAACAAUAUAAAACGAACUUUUAAAUCAUGGUACUCAACUAAUUUUCAGAAAAAUGUAAAACGCUACAAAAACCCCCUUUGUUGUACACCGAACGUCACAACCAACAACACUAGACAUUAACAAAUCUUGCUUCGUUCUCUAUGAUUAAUUGCUUAGUUAAAGGAAAUCCAAGCCCGAAAUGUGAUUCUAACUGUAUAUAUUAAUGUCUAAGACAAAUUGUUGAGAAUAAUGCUAGCGGGCACUAUUCUAGUGCAGGAGAAGUGGUAUUGAUUGUGAUUUGACAACAGCGCAUUCGAAGAGCUUGUGUAGGUAUCUUUUGAUUUUCUCUUCGUUCUCGUAAACUAUGAUCAAGUGAGAUUUCGCCUCUGGCGGGGCACGUGUGCUAAUAAUUACUGGAUGAACGCGACUAGGACGAAUCAUGAGCAAACUGUACAUAGUUAGAAAUAGAACGAGAAUGAGUGCAGCGAACGCCCGAAUGGAGCAAGCGGAACGAUAACUGAAAGAUGCCAAGCAGAUAGAAAUGCAGAUUACCGUGGCUGUCGCCGAGUACCGCCCGUCCAUCCGCUCAAGAAGGACCGCCACAGUUCAGGUUUGAACCUCGAUGAAACAGGAACUGGGAUGGGACGUUGUUGAUGCGGAUGGCACGCAGGACACGCGAGACAGUCGUACGCAGUAAGAUAAUCAGGGAAAGCUAGUUGUUUGAAUUUGAUCUGAUGGAGCCAAUGAGCUGACACUAAUGAUAGAUAACUAUUGAAGAUCGAACGAAUGUCGCGAUGGAUGUGCGUGUGCGUGCGAAUGCCAAUCCAGAAAAUGGAACGUAAUGCGCUUAGUCUAUAAGAGGAACUGUUGAUAGGCUUUAAGGAAUACAUUGUUUAUUUCUUUUGUAGGAUUUUUGUUCAAAUUUUUCCUAGCAAAAAAUGCAAUUAUUUAGUCACUAUUUAUUAUUUUGUAUAUUGGUUAACCAAAAAGAAAAUAAUGCAUGAAAGGGACGCGAUAGUGUAUUACAGUGAUGCACUGUUUUCAAGAAAUGAUGGACUCAUUCGAAAAGAUGAUCACGAGAAAGUAAGACAUCAAUAAUAUUCAAUAACUAAAAUAAUGCUGCAAAGCAAACCAUUCGCGAAAAUUUUCGUAUGAGGUGAAGUAUGAACCAGAAAAGAUGUUAAUAAUAUAGUCACUAUGAAAUAUGAUAAUUGAAAAAUGAACAA